UCCAUUCCGCACUUCGAAAAAAUUUGGCGCGAGACGUCGAGCACUUGCGCAUGUGUCUUUGUGGGUCCACUGAAAAGAAAGGAAAUUUUGAAAAAUGACAGACAAGGAUCCCGGUGAGGGUUUUGAUGAUGCAGUUGAAGAAAGGGUCAUCAAUGAGGAAUACAAAAUAUGGAAGAAAAACACCCCAUUUUUGUAUGACCUUGUUAUGACCCAUGCACUGGAGUGGCCGAGUUUAACAGCACAGUGGCUGCCAGAUGUCACACGACCAGAAGGAAAGGACUAUUCUCUUCACAGACUCAUCCUGGGAACACACACGACAAGCUCGGAUGAACAAAAUCACCUCCUGAUUGCAAGUGUUCAGCUUCCCAAUGAUAAUGCCCAAUUUGAUGCCUCACAUUAUGACAGUGAGAAAGGAGAGUUCGGAGGUUUUGGUUCUGUAAGUGGAAAGAUUGAGAUAGAAAUUAAGAUAAACCAUGAAGGAGAGGUCAAUCGAGCCAGAUAUAUGCCACAGAACCCAUGUGUCCUUGCCACAAAAACACCAUCAAGUGAUGUACUGGUAUUUGACUACACAAAACAUCCCUCAAAACCAGAUCCAAGUGGAGAAUGUACUCCUGAACUUCGUCUAAAAGGUCAUCAAAAAGAAGGAUAUGGAUUAUCAUGGAACCCCAAUUUGAAUGGUCACCUAUUAAGUGCUUCGGAUGAUCACACAAUAUGUCUUUGGGACAUCAAUACACCACCAAAAGAGGGCAGAGUCAUAGAUGCACACACUAUAUUUACAGGCCACACAUCCGUUGUAGAGGAUGUGGCAUGGCAUUUACUCCAUGAAAGUUUAUUUGGAUCAGUUGCUGAUGAUCAGAAAUUAAUGAUCUGGGAUACACGAUCAAAUGACACCACAAAACCAAGUCACACAGUCGAUGCACACACGGCGGAAGUCAACUGUCUGUCAUUCAACCAC